AUGAAUUUAUCAAAACCCUCUUCGUCGACUGUUGAUGCUCCAGGAUUGUUAUAUGCAAGUUUCAAUCAAGACUUUGGGUGUUUUGCCGCAGGUCUGGAUGGUGGGUUUCGGAUAUUUAACUGUGAUCCUUUUAAGGAGAAAAUGCGCAGAGACUUCCCGGACGGUGGCAUUUCCAUAGUAGAAAUGUUGUUUCGUUGUAAUUACCUUGCGUUAGUGGGUGGAGGCAAGAACCCCAAGUAUUCACCGACUAAAGUCGUAAUUUGGGAUGAUUCGAAAAAUAAAUCGAUUUUUGAGCUGGAAUUUAGGAACGAAGUCAAAAAUGUCAAAUUAAGACGAGACAGGAUUGUUGUAGUGUUACCAAAUAAAGUUCACGUUUAUCAAUUCAGUCUUACACCCCAAAAACUUCACACUUUCGAAACAAUAGACAAUGAAAAAGGUCUCGUUGCCCUUUCAUCAUCAAAAAAUCGUGCUAUCCUCGCAUUUCCUGGUCGUCAAAAAGGACACAUUCAGAUUGUAGAUCUACCCAUUGCCGUUGUCCCAGAUAGCACCAACACCCUGCAAGAUUGUCGAAAUUCAUUCCCACCGCCUGCUGAAUACAAUGAACAGCCUCCACGAUCUAAACAGCGAAAAUCGAGUACUGCAAAGAUAAAUCCAUAUCCUGUCUCUCCCGGAAGCACUGUGCCGACCGCGAGUAUCAACAUUAUUCCUGCUCACACUGGAAAAUUAAGUUGCAUAGCUUUGAAUGAGGAUGGAAAGAAAUGUGCAAGUGCUAGUGAAAAGGGAACGUUGAUAAGAGUAUUCGAAACAUCAACGGGAAAGUUAUUGAAUGAACUACGAAGAGGUGCCGAUCGUGCAGAGAUAUAUAGCAUUAGUUUUAAUCCAGACUCCACGCGACUCUGUGUAUCCUCUGAUAAGAGCACUGUGCACGUAUUUAACCUGGAUGCUGUACCCGAUCGCGAAAGUGGUCAUAAUAAUGGUGGUGCUUACUACGGAGAAAUCACAAACAAACAACCAACUCCUCCAUCACCCAGUGGAAAUCGACAAUCCAGUCUAUCAUUUAUGAAAGACCUAUUGCCAAAAUACUUUUCUUCGGAAUGGUCAUUUGCGCAAUUCAAAGUGGCUGCAGAUUGCCGAUGUAUCUGUGGGUUUGGACAAGAGAAUACCAUUAUGGUAAUUUGCGCCGACGGAAGUUUCCAUAGUUUUCAUUUUGAUCCAAAAAAAGGAGGCGAAUACGCACACGAUAAGGAGAAAUUCUUAAAGGAUAAUGACAAAUGA